AUGUCGGAACCAACUAAAAGUCAAAUUGAUGAUGUCUUUAAAAAGCUCACUUCACAACGAGCGAAUAAACUAAAAAUCCCUCUUGGUCCAGUGUUACCUUUGGCAUAUAUCUUUGCUUGGAUUGCUCGUCCGUACAUAGGAAUCUCGGAGUCCACAUCAGUUUUAUCUAUAUCACUGGAUGCUUGGACGUGGGAACAAUUACGAAUUAUGAAAGUGGGUGGUAAUUCUGCAGCAUUAGAAUAUUUCACAAAACACGGUGGUAGCACUUCCUUAAAUAGCAAAGAUGCAAAGCUAAAAUAUACGUCUCGUAUGGCCUUAAAAUAUAAAGAGGAACUUAUUAAAAGGGCUAAUGAAGAUUCUAAAAAAAAUCCCGAUUUCGAGAUUAUCGAAGAAGAACCACAAACUUCAACCAAAUCAGAAGACUUUUUCGAUACAUUUGACAAAGAAGUUGUAGAAAAGCCUUUACCAACGGAAGAAAUAACCGUAACUGCGGCCACAAACAAGUCUUCUAGUCCCAAUAAUCAUAAGGUGAUAAAAUCAGCAUCCACAGCAAGGUCGAACAUUACUGCUCGUGGAAAAGGACAAAAGAAAUCAAAAGUUGGGUUAGGAGCUGUAAAACUUCAAAAGGUUGAUAUUGAAACAGUAGAACAACAAGCCAAAGAGGAAGAAGAAUUAGUUAAACAGCAAUUACAGGAUGAAGAAUCUAAUUUACAAAAACCGGUAGAACGAUGGUCAUUCAGUUCUCGUUUAGUAUAUAAUGAUGGAUCGCAAUCAUCUGGAGGAAAUCAGGAAAUAAAUAGCAAACGACAUAGUGAUGAUAUUGAAAGACUUGGUAUGGGAGUUUCGAGAUUGGGAUUCGGAAGUGUUAAUGGACCUACAACCAAAGUUGAAGAAACGAUCACUUCGCGCUAUAUUGGAUUUGGAUCAACUAAUAGUGCAAAUAAUUUAAGUAAAUCAGAUAAUGAUGACCUUUCCGGUACCGAUUACGCACGCCAGAAAUUUGGCAACCAAAAGUCAAUUUCUUCUGAUCAAUAUUUUGGUCGCAAUCAGUAUGAUCCUGAUACUAUGUCAGAAGCAUCCGAUCGAUUGAGGCAAUUCGAGGGGGCAACAUCUAUAUCUUCUAAUCAAUACUUUGGACGAGAGGAAGAACUCUCACGGCGUGAAAAUUUAGAUAUUGGUGGAUUGGAGACGAACGCACGUGAUUUUGCACGAAAGUUUAUUGGACAAGCGGCAUCAGAUUAUGAAGCAAUCAAAGCAGUUGUUGAAAGGGGAGGAGAAAAAUUAAAGGAUUAUAUUACGGACAUACAG